CCCCCCGCCCCCGGGCCAAUGAUGGCUCCUGAAGGGCGCUUUGCUCUGCGCACUCGCGUUCGGCAUCCGAGUGCGGACACCGGAGCCGGGGCGCCGCGCUCACUUCGCCCUCCUCAUCCUUCUCCUCUCGCUUCGUUUGCCGCUGCUCCUUCGUCUUCUUCUUCGUCUUCUUCGUCUUCCUCCUCUGACUGAUGCGCGCCUUCUCGUCGUGCGGGGCAUAGAUUCUCAUCAGGCGCAUCCGUCUCGCCCGCUGCACUUCAACGCGGCGGAGUCGCGGCGAAGAGAGGAUUCGGGCUGACGGAAGACGAAUUCGCAAUACAACUCUCAAUAGCGGCAGUCGCAGCAGCAGCAGUAGCAGCGGUUGUGGCAGUCGGCAUCAGACGCGGAGCGGCCGAAGAAAUCACGAGCAGGCAGGAGUCCUACCGGGUCGGCUCGCCCUUCCUGGGGUCUCGCGCGCGAUUGCGCGCACACACACACAGGCAGACUCGCAGGCAUAGAGACAAGACUCACGGGAAGACUCGCAGGCAAACACACAGCAGUCGGACAGUCGGGCAGACAUGGACCACACGGGUGGCAACCCCGUGGUUGCACAGACGCAUCACCACGGGGGCGGACAUGAACCCAUCAGCUUCGGAAUCGACCAGAUCCUCAACAGCAGCGACCAGGGCGGCUACCUGAUGGCCGGAGGUCGCCUCUCCGACUCGGACUACCACCUCCAAGGCAGCGGGGCUUACAGCGCCUGUAUGGGGCCUCCCUACAACGGCUACGGCGGAGGAGGAGGCGGAGGAGGCGGCGGCGGCGGCGGCGGGAUCUCGGGGAGCUGCGGAGGCGCCGGUGCGGGCGGAGGAGCAGGCGGGGGAGUGCCUCCCUGCGGCGGCGUGCCCACGUUCACGGGAUCCUACAAUGUCAACAUGAGCAUGAAUGUGAACAUGGCGGCAGCGGCGGCUGCGGCGGCCGCGGCCGCGGCUGCCGGCGGCCCUCACGGCUGCUCGGGCGGUGGUGCCGGGAUGAUGGGGCCCGGCGGGGUGAUCCGCGUGCCCGCGCACAGACCCAUGCCACCCCCCGGGGUGCACGGACCCUCGAUGGGCGCGGGCAUGGCCCCCGUGCCGGGGGUGACUCCCAUGAACAACAUGAGCAUGAGCAAUCUGAACGCGAUGAGUUUCCCGUGGAUGGAGAGCAGCAGGCGCUUCGCCAAGGACAGGCUAACAGCCGCCCUGGCUCCCUUCACCGUCCAGCGGCGCAUCGGCCACCCGUACCAGAACCGCACGCCGCCCAAGCGCAAGAAGCCCCGCACGUCCUUCACCCGGCUGCAGAUCUGCGAGCUGGAGAAGCGCUUCCACCGCCAGAAGUACCUCGCGUCCGCGGAGCGCGCAGCCCUCGCCAAGGCGCUCAAGAUGACGGACGCCCAAGUCAAGACGUGGUUCCAGAACCGGCGCACCAAGUGGAGGCGGCAGACGGCGGAGGAGCGUGAAGCGGAGCGGCAGCAGGCGAACCGCAUCAUGAUGCAGCUGCAGCAGGAAGCCUUUCAGAAGAGCCUCAGCCAGCCCGUGAACCCGGACCCGCUGUGUCUGCACAACGCGUCCCUCUACGCUCUGCAGAACCUCCAGCCCUGGGCAGAGGAGAGCCCCGGCAAGAUCACGUCCGUCUCGUCAGUCGCCUCCGUGGUCUAGACGUGGGCUGCGGAGUCAUCCUAGGCAAGGCGGGGGGAGGGCAGUGUAAGGAAGGUUGGAGGUGUGGGGAGGAGAGGGAGGAGGAGGGGGACGCAAGCCGGGCCCGACCGGCUGGCUGCAGUCGCCGAGAGAGACAAAGACGGCGAGCGAACCAUCUAUAGAAAGAGAAGCGACUGGGAUUGUCAACAGCGCUCGUUGAUGUUGCGGCUGGGGGGGGGGGGUAGCCUGUUGAUGACAACGCGCAGACAAAGGCGCAAUCGGUUCGCGGCCGUGCGCGUUGCGCAUGAGGCUACGCGUGGACUUGCAAUCAGCUUGGAGGGACUUGACUUGCGCGUCAGGCAUGGGCCAACGUCAAGAUGAGCAGCCGGAGUAGGCUGCGCGUGUGCCCGUGCCGUGCCGCGCUCUGGGGGGAGGGGGCGGGUGGUGGCGUAGGACACGACGGGCUGAGCAGUGGACGUCUCUGCCUCUGCUCCCUCAUCUCCUCCCUUCUCUGCCCCACAAGCGAAUUGAGCACUUAACGGCGACUUCUCGAAGCGCCUCGACCACGGCGACCCGUGGCGCCACGUGCCGCUUGCAUCAUCAUCAGCAGCAAGCAAGCGAUGUGUUGGAACAGGCGACGCCAGCUGAUGUCACGAGA